CGGCGUCUCUGUUCAUGGCACAGCGGGGCGGCCCCAGUUGCAGGAGCCCGGCCGACGGCUCGGCGUCAGGCGGUGACUGCUCUACUUGAAAAAUACGUGCUCAGUCAGCAAAAGGAACACUACUUUUCAAAACUGUUCUAUGUGGAAAUCAAUCCAUGCCCUAUUACCUGGUUGAGUGAAACCAGAUUAAGAACUUCUGCCAUGGCAGCACUUCUACUAGGAGCUUUGCUGCUUAUUGUUCAACCUCAUAUAGUGCCUUCCAGACCAGCUGUAAUUUCUAAGGCUGAGGCCACUUCUCAAUCUGUUCAGAAAGAGCUUUUAAAGAAAACAGUUCUCAAAAAUGACUUCAAAGGAAACAUUCAUUUUAAUGGAUCUUGCCAGCAGCUACCACAAACUAUCAUUAUUGGAGUAAGAAAAGGUGGAACAAGAGCCUUAUUAGAGAUGUUGAGUCUCCAUCCAGAUAUUGCAGCAGCAGAAAGUGAAGUCCAUUUCUUUGACUGGGAGGAUCAUUAUGGAAAUGGAUUGCAGUGGUAUAUGAAUCAAAUGCCAUUCUCUUAUCCCCAUCAGAUCACAGUGGAAAAAACCCCAGCCUAUUUCACUUCACCCAAAGUGCCUGAAAGAGUUUAUAACAUGAACCAGUCAAUGAGACUACUCCUUAUUUUAAGAGACCCAAGCGAGAGAGUACUAUCUGAUUACACCCAAGUGUUCUAUAAUCAUGUACAAAAGCACAAGCCGUAUCCAUCCAUUGAAGAAUUCCUGAUUAAAGAUGGUGAACUCAAUGUGGACUACAAGGCAAUAAACAGAAGCUUAUAUUACUUUCACAUGCAAAACUGGUUGAAGUAUUUUCCUCUUGAUUGCAUUCACAUUGUAGAUGGGGAUAAACUAAUCAAAGAUCCUUUCCCAGAAAUAGAGAAGGUAGAGAGGUUUCUAAGGUUGUCACCUCAAAUAAAUGCUUCAAACUUUUACUUCAAUAAAACGAAAGGCUUCUAUUGCCUAAGGGAUAGUGGUAGGGAACGUUGUUUACAUGAGUCAAAAGGAAGAGCACACCCUCAUGUAGAUUCUCAUUUACUUGAUAAACUGCAUGAAUAUUUUCAUGAACCUAAUAGGAAAUUCUUUGAGCUUGUUGGCAGAACAUUUGACUGGCACUAAUUUGGGUUAAGUUAUUGAUACGCUUCAGAGCCUAAGUUUCAGUGUACGCUUAGAAAUUAUAUAAAAAAGGGCAUUUAAGCUAUAAUUUAUUUGUAAAAUCCAUAAAUACUUCUGUACAGUAUUAGUUUCACAAUUGCCAUAUAAACUAGUUAUAUUUUUCUACUUGUUAAAUUUGAAGACAUUUUGUAUUG